ACCGUGUAGUUGACUAGUAGUAAUAACGCGUGCAUACCAUUUCCGAGUGCGUUCUCCUCUCCUCUCCUCUCCUCGUCGUUAACCGCGACAUCCUCUCGCAGGGCAUACGCGGUAUAUUCGCAUAUUUUUUCUCCUAAUCCGGCGAGAGGCAUGACAGCUACCACGUGACGGCACCUAUCCGAGAUACUUUGGAAUACGAAGCGAUCUGUUGCAUCACCGUUCGACAGUUGCGUUGCUCCGUUUGCACGGAAACGAUCGGAACGAAGAUUUACAACGCGUCGUCGGCACAGCCACCGUUCCUACGUACAUGUACAAUAUUUUUCUGGAGGCACGCGGUGUACUGUUUGCCCGGUUGUGCAAUACGUGUGUACGCAACAUAAUGCGGAUAUAAUUGUUCGACGGUGUUGUAUAAUACGGCUUCCAGCGUGAAUCCAGUCACGACUGGAACGUCGUCGCGCAACCACCGCGGACCACCGUCCUCCUUCAUCGAUAACGCGCCUGUUCGUUUGCGACUCGUCGAACCUACAUAUAUGUUACGCUGAUCGUUCUGUCCUACGAAAGUGUACAACUGCACGGAAGUAGGAAGUUUAGCGAACGGUGUUGGAUGUCGCGCGAACGAGACAGGGAAUCGGUUGCACGGCACUCCUACCGUCGGAACAACGGUGCGCGCAGAGAGGGGCAAUCGGAGGAAGGACGGGACAGCAGAUCGUUGGUUCGUUCGAAUUGGAACGCGCGAGUUGAACGAUAAUUACCGGUGAAUCGUUUACGUGACGCGAUCCUCUCUCUCCCUUCUCCUCCUCCUCCUACGGCAGAUGGAGAGUUUAACGGAAAAUCGGCCGAAUCGGGGAAACUCGUUUCCGAAGGUCGAUCGAUCGGAAUCGCGUGUGUAGGAAAACAAAGUGGCAAGGCUUGGGCUAUUACAUAUUCCGCGGAAAAAGGAGUACGGCGAUGUGGUAAAUGUGAAAAAUGGAAGAGGCGAAAUACGCGUGGGCUUCGUUAAAGUCGGUCAGAAAAUUAUCGUCGUUGAACGGUAACGGCGGCAGUUGUACGACAAUCUGGUACGACGUUCCCGCGCCAGUGAUAAUACAUUGUCACGAGUUCCCUGACGUAACCGAGGUCGACAAAGCCGACGUGAUCGGCGAACGAGAAGGUGUUCCGCAGAAGCGACACAGGAACACCGUGGAAUUGACCGCGGUCACAUCUGUGAACGACGAGGACGGCGACGAAGACGAUGGAUUGCCAAAGAUCAGCUUUAGUUUUCUCCACGUGGACGAGAAGGUCGGCGGUAGAGUUUCGAAGGAAAGAACGCCAGCCUCGUCUGCGGACGGGAACGAGAAAGAUGAUGCGUCGACGCAAGACGAGUUACUGUACGACUUUCCUAGGAAUUCGUACGUCCUCGAGGAAAUCGAAAGCGAGAAAGUGGUAGAAAGCGAACGCGAGCGCGAGCGCGAGACAGAGGCGGACGGUAACGAGAUUCGCGGCACGAUCCGAGGGAAAUUCCAGGUGGAAUCUGCGGAGGUUCGAAACGAAAUCGACGGAAAGAACGUGGCCGAUUCGUCGAAAGAUGAAAUCCUCGGCUCGGAGAAAGCGGGGAAACGAACGAGGACGAAUCUGGACUCGGACUCGUACGAUCGAACCAAACCAACCGCGAGAUCGUUGAGGUGUACUGAAAAAAAGAAUCAGGAUACGACGUCGGAGGACGACGGAUACGAGGCGGGCUCCUAUUCGGAUCCCGAGUGCUCCAACGGCGCUCCUCUUUCGAACAUCUCCCGCCGAAACGGACUGUACACCAAGAAACAUCGACUGGGGAAAGCAUGGGAGAAGAUGCGAUGCUGGUUGCGCGACGAAACCUCCAAGAUUAACCAAGUGGUGAACAAGCACGCAAAGUUGCAAGCUGUCGGUGCUCUUGCCCGUACCCCGACGUUUCCUCAGAGCGCCUCUUACGAUUUCACCAGAGCGAGAACUGGCCAAUUCGGCUCGAUCACCAGGGUCGAAGAGUUCGGUCUGACCUCCGUCUCCGAGGAGAACUUGACUUCUCCUCCGCAAGGAGAAGGGGAAGGAGGAGAUGAAGAAAAGGAUGCCGGUCCGAAGAGAACGAUCGCUAGUUCCGAUUCGGUUUUCCACGAGCCGACGAAAAGCAUGGACAAACUGUGCUCCGAUACGGAAAACGAGGAGACGACGGGAGAGAUCGAGAGCAGCAGGGAUCAUGCUCGCAAAGCCGGUCUGAUUAAGAGGAGAAUGCUCGGGUCAAUCAGGGGGUUAAUGGCCUCUACUCAUCUGCUGCACGUUCACGAGAACGAAGAGGGGGGACAAGGUGGAUUCGAGGAUGUACGAAGGUACGUGAAACAGGGCGGUGAUUUCUGCAAGGAAUUGGCAUCGAUCCUUCACGAAAGAGCUGAAUUAGAAGCCACUUAUGCCAAAGGGCUCAGCAAGCUGAGCAAUAAACUGACCAAGGCCUGCGCGAAGGAUCAAGGUGGAAAUGGUAGCGGAGGUGUAAACGAAGCGUGGAGAUGCGUCGGCGAGGAAAUGGAGGCUGCAGCGGAAGCCCACAGAAUAUGGGGAAUAACGCUUAGCGAACAACUCGCCAAACCGCUCAGAGUAGGGGUAGCAGAGGCUCAAGGACGUUCGAGGAAAACCAUCGAGAAUUCCGUGGACAAAGCUGGAAAGUCGUUGCACGAGUGGCGUAACGUGGCGAUAAAAAGUAAAAAACAAAGUUUCGCUAGCGCGCGAGAAAACGAGAGGCUGCAAGACUUGGCGAGGCUACAAUCGAUCAGUCAGAGCCAGCAGAGCAAUAACAAAUCGUCGUCGAACCAUCAUAUGACGGAGAAGGAGGCUAGCAAGCUCGAGGCGAGGAGGAGAAAGGCCGAAGACUCGUCCCGUAGGGCGGACACGGAAUUUUACACGGUGAGCGUGAGAGCCGAGAGAGCCAGGCUCGAGUACGAGAGCACCAUGAGGAAAGGGGCCAAGCAAAUGGAACUUCUCGAGGAGGAACGACUGAGCGCCCUCAAAGAUCUUGCCAAUGUUUAUCUCGCUCACCUGCAAACUCUAGCUCCGCGUCUGCAACAGAGUGCAGACCGUUUGGCAGCUCCUAUACGUAACUGCAACGUCUCUCACGACAUCGAGAUCUUAAAGAAUCUUAUACGCAGAGUGGAGAGCAACGAUGGUUGCAAUUCCGAGCAACUGCUGCCAGACUUCUACGCUGAACAUGUUACUCUAGCGAUGAACAGGGAACGUCGGAAACAAGCGUUGGUCAGAGUCCUUCAUCUGAUCAGACAAGACUUGGAGCGGGAAAGGCGCGGCCGAGAGGGCCUCGAAACUCUCCACAGAGCUUUCGUUGCAACACCGGCGUUCGCCGCGGACGAGAGCACGCAAAACGUUACGGAAAAGCUACAUCAUAUGCGUUCUAUGCUGCUGUAUUUAGAGGCCGCGAGGUACAAAGUCGGAGGAACGCUGGCGGAAGUAGAAGGCAGCAAACGAGGCAAACAUCCACUGGCCGAACAUAUUUUAGUGUCGAGAGAUAAACAGGGUUUGCAGCAAAGUGUCCUUAAGAUUCCUUCUUGGGCAAAGAACGAAUCGUUCGAGAUUCAGGACGACCAAGACGAAAUAGAUGUCCAUCUCGCCAAGGAUCACGAUACGGAAAGUCGACACUGGGCCGAUCGAACCGCUGGCGACGGAAACUCCGAGAAUCCACCCGACGAAGAUGACUUUAGCGAUUUCGAUGAAUUCAGCAGUCAUUCCGAAGACAAUAACAAUCAAGAGGUCGAUACUCCCGAAACUACUUGCAAAUCCGACGGAACGGAGCAAUGCAGAGCGAUCUAUCAGUACUCUGCUAACUUAAACGACGAGCUCAGUCUAAGUCCCGGAGACUUGAUAACGGUGCACCAAAAGCAACCGGACGGCUGGUGGAUAGGCGAGUGUAGAGGACGAACCGGUAUAUUUCCAGCCACUUACGUUCAACCUAUACAUUGAUCUCUAUACUCCUCGAAAGCUUCGUUUCGGAGAAGCAGGAAAAACUGUGGAAAAACUGUGGAAAAACCGUGGAAAAACCGUGGAAAAACCGUGAACCAAAGUACGUUUCGAACUGGAAUGUGACCAUUCUGAACGUUCAAUUUCUCCAUUCGCGGUAACGGACAUCGAAGAGUACGAAAUACGACGCACCAAAAAACCAUUAUAGUCCGCGAAAAUAUUCGUUAAAAGUAGUCGAUCAAUAUAAUAUCUCGUUAUCUUCUAAUCAAGUGCCAAUGAUGUAGCGUGCGUAAAGACUGUGCGAAAAAUCAGCGAUUUCGUAUUUUCGCUGCAACAAUAUUAAUAACGUCGAAUCGUAAUCCGAAGAAAAAGACAUUCGUACAACGAAAUAUUCUUUCCUGUUUUUAUUACUUACGUAUAAUUUAUAACUAAUUUAUAGUAUCGAUACGAUAUGAUGUUUUUAUGUUAGUAAAAAUUCCAUUGGAGUCACUAUCGUAGAGCGUGAACGUACAUACGUAGAAUAAUUGAAGGGGGCACAAGGAAGACAGGUGUUGUUUCUUAAUUAGGCAAUCGAAGCAAUUGCG